AUGAAACAAGCACAAGAUAGACAGAAGAGUUAUGCAGAUCCAAAGAGGAAGAAUAUAGAAUUUCAAGCGGGAGUUAAGGUAUUUGUAAAAAUCACUCCUUAUAAGAAAGUGAUGAGAUUUGGAAGGAAAGGAAAGCUUGCUCCUAGAUACAUCGGUCAAUUUGAAGUGUUAGAGAAAGUUGGCAAGAUGGCGUAUAAACUUGCAUUACUAGUCAGUAUAGACCGGAUACAUAAUGUGUUCCAUGUUUCUUUGUUGCGAAAGUAUAUUCAUGAUCCUUCUCACAUACUUCAAACAGAAGAAGUGGAGCUAAAAGAUGACCUAAUUUAUGAAGAAUGUCCAGUUCAGAUUCUGGAUAGAAAAAUUAAAGAACUCCGAAACAAGAAUGUACCGCUUGUUAAAGUAUUGUGGAGAAAUCAUAAUGUUGAAGAAGCAACAUGGGAGGUCAAGCAAAACAUGAAAGAAAAGUAUCCAGAUCUCUUCAAUUAA